AUGGCCGAAGAUGACAGCGGCACCUACUGUACGUAUGAGUCGGCCCGUCACAUUCUGCACCUCUGUGUUGUGUCUCCAAACACCAACUGCUUCACACAUGUGCUCAUGGGCUCGCGUCCCCGAUACCUACAGCCACAGGGUCAGGUGAUGGAGCACAGCACUGGCCAAUCAGAGGGCCUUCUGUGGGAGGGACUGCAGCGUGACAUCAGCACGUCCUCUGCCCUCCAGGUGCUGUGCUCCAGAUGCGUCUGGGUGGGAUGGAUGCGGAGGGGCCGAGGGGGUGGGAUGGAUGCGGAGAGGCUGAGAGGGUGGGAUGGAUGCGGAGAGGCCGAGAGGGUGGGAUGGAUGCGGAGAGGCCGAGGGGGUGGGAUGGAUGCGGAGGGGCCGAGGGGGUGGGAUGGAUGCAGAGAGGCCGAGGGGGUGGGAUGGAUGCGGAGGGGCCGAGGGGGUGGGAUGGAUGCGGAGGGGCCGAGGGGGUGGGAUGGAUGCAGAGAGGCCGAGGGGGUGGGAUGGAUGCGGAGGGGCCGAGGGGGUGGGAUGGAUGCGGAGGAGGCCGAGAGGGUGGGAUGGAUGCGGAGGGGCCGAGAGGGUGGGAUGGAUGCAGAGAGGCCGAGGGGGUGGGAUGGAUGCGGAGAGGCCGAGAGGGUGGAUGGAUGCGGAGGGGCGGAGAGGGUGGGAUGGAUGCGGAGGGGCCGAGGGGGUGGGAUGGAUGCAGAGAGGCUGAGGGGGUGGGAUGGAUGCGGAGAGGCCGAGAGGGUGGGAUGGAUGCAGAGAGGCCGAGGGGGUGGGAUGGAUGCGGAGGGGCCGAGGGGGUGGGAUGGAUGCAGAGAGGCUGAGGGGGUGGGAUGGAUGCGGAGAGGCCGAGAGGGUGGGAUGGAUGCAGAGAGGCUGAGGGGGUGGGAUGGAUGCAGAGAGGCCGAGGGGGUGGGAUGGAUGCGGAGGGGCCGAGGGGGUGGGAUGGAUGCGGAGGGGCCGAGGGGGUGGGAUGGAUGCAGAGAGGCCGAGAGGGUGGGAUGGAUGCAGAGAGGCUGA